UGACACUUUGCAAACGCUAGUGAAGGGAGCUCGAUGCAUUUCGAAUCCCAAGUUUAAUAUUAAAUAUAUAUAACAUUGUGCUUCAUCAGUUGUUUGUGUUUACAACUUCAACGCGUUUUAGUUUUACGACAAUCGACGCGGAUUUCACACGUGUGUAUAUAAUAAUGAAUACAGAAAUUGUCGUUAAUGAUAUUCAAGCAUUGAAUAAUGUUACUGCAUUUACGGAUAUUUCCUAUGAAAUUAAAGGAAGAUCAUGGUUUAAGAAAAAUGGACAAAAACAGACGAUACUCAAUGGUGCAGUUGGUGCUAUUCGACCAGGGCGAUUGACAUACAUCCUGGGUCCUUCAGGAGCAGGCAAGACAUCUCUUCUCAAAAUAUUGGCAGGAAGGAAGAAAACCGGUGUUUCCGGAACUGUCGUCGGAGCAGGAAGUGAUAUAGUAUUAGUCCAACAACAUGCUGCCCUCAUCGAUACCUUGACUGCUAAAGAAACCCUCUUAUUUGCAGCCGCUUUAAAACUACCCAACGCCACUCGUUAUGAACGUAACUAUAUUAUAGAAACAGUAACAAAACAACUGGGCAUCAAUGACACGUUUAAUACAAGAGCUGGCAAACUUUCUGGUGGGGAACGAAAACGACUAACUAUAGCUUGCGAAUUGCUCACAAAUCCACAUAUAAUGUUACUGGACGAACCUACAAGUGGUCUGGACUCAGUAUCUUCGAUGUCAGUAGCUCAAUCUUUACGUGCAGUAACCAACAGUGGCCAUACAGUAGCCUGUGUUAUUCAUCAGCCUUCCUCCCAACUAUUCGCAUCCGGUGAUGAUGUCAUCCUAUUAGCAGCUGGAAGGACGUUGUAUGCCGGCGCCAUAUCUGAUCUACCCGACAGCUUAAAUAGAGCCGGUUUCAUAUGUCCGCAUUAUUAUAAUUUAGCGGAUUUUAUUUUAGAAAUAGCAAGUGGAGAACAUAAUGGCAACAAAGAGAUUUUGGAGAUGGAAGCAAAAGUAUAUGCAUUGGAUAUGAAAAAAAUUGCCGAAGGAAGUGUACAACAAACGAAUGGGAAAGAUAAGUCACCAGAAUCAGUGGCACUGUUAAAUACGAAUUCGUCGUUUGAGAGCAAAGGAUAUUUAGCUGGGUUUGGUCAGCAAAUGAGGGCAUUGCUGUGGCGAGGUUACCUUGGAGUAUUACGUGAUGUGCAUUUAACUCAGAUUCGAUUAGUAACACAUUUUCUCGUUGCACUUCUAUUGGGUGCGCUAUAUAAUGGUGCAGGACAAGAUGGCGGAAGAACAGUGUCAAACACGGGCUGUCUAUUUUUUUUUCUUCUUUUCCUGUAUUUCUCCAAUGCAAUGCCAACAAUACAUAGGUUUCCAGUGGAAGCAUCAGUAAUUCUACAAGAACAUUUGAACAAGUGGUAUUGUCUAUCGACGUACUGUGCGACUAAGAUCAUAGUGGAUUUUCCUAUUCAGUUGUUAUGUGCAACGGUGUUCGUAUUUCCGGCUUGGUAUCUGACGUCUCAGCCUUUGGAAGUCGAUCGUUUAGGCCUUGCGUGGUUAAUAUGCGUACUGGUUACCAUAUUGGCGCAAACAUUCGGCCUCGUGAUUGGCGCAGCUUGUGAUGUUGAGUUGGGCCUCUUCGUGAUACCAGCAGCGAACAUUCCCAUGCUGAUGUUUUCAGAAUUCUUUAUCCCAUACAAAGAAAUGCCUUCAUAUCUCCAGCCAUUCGCACUAAUUUCCUAUUUCCGUUACGCGUUUGACGCUUUUAUGCAGACCGUAUACGGUUUCGGUCGGUCGAAAUUACCCUGUUAUAAAAUAAUUUGUUUAUUCCGUGACCCUAAAUAUUAUCUCAAUUAUUUGGGUUUGACCGGAAAUUUUGUUAAUGAUGUCUUAGCUCUUAUUAUUUGGACAUUGUUACUACAGUUAACUUUAAUAUGCGUUUUGAAAUAUCGAGUUUAUAAAGCAUGUAAAUAGACAUUAUUGUAUUCAUAUAAUUAUUUAUACUUACGUAUGUAUUUACCUUAUCUAUAAUUACUUAUUUCUUUAGAUGUUAUUAUAGAGAAAUAAUAAUUAUUGAUAAGCUUUAUAUAACACAGUUUUGAAAAAAUCAAUUGAAACUACUUAUUUAAGCUAUUGCAAAAAGGGAACAUUUCGGUUUAAGUUAAAAUAUAUACACUUAAGCUGUAAGUUUGUAAAUAAAUACAAGAAUAUAAAUUAAUAUUAAUGCUUAACUAGUUUACGUUUUUGGAUAUUUUUUUAUCCGUAUAAGUGUUAGAACAUACAAAACUUGCAUUAGUUUGAGGAAAUGAAUGAAAAUGGGAAAAUAUCUGCCCAAUGUUUCACGACAAAUUUCUUCAAAUGCUUUAUAAAUUCAGUAAAAAAAAAGUUGUUCUAUUUUAUCUAAUCUGUUAUCGUAAUUAAGUAUAUCGUAAUUUUUAAAUACCUACGAAUAGCGAUGACUAACUUUAUAAACGUAUUGAAUAUCGAAGUUUAAAAACAAACUACCUUGCCAAAUGAAACAAUAUAGAAUACUAAUUAUUGAUUACAAUAUAAUAGUGGUAUCUUGUGGUGUAUAAGUAGUAUGAAACUAGGUAUUAAUAUCUCGUUUCUCAAUUACAAACAUUCUCAAGUUGAUAAUCCUCAAUUUGUAGCAGUAACAUGAACUUCUACUAUGCGGUGGUAGUUUUAAUUAAGGGGUAGUAGAAAGACUUUUAUUUAUAUAAAAAUACGA